AUGAGGGGAUCAUCGAAAAAAAGUUCUGCUUCGGGGAAUCCUGGGAAUUCUGGGAAUUCACGAGGCAAUGCUGGGUCAAAUGGAGCAACAAGUGCAUUUUACGAGAAUGAAUCAGUGAAACAAAACUUCGAAGAAAGGAUGGAUUACUUGUUGGUGAAUAGUAUUGGAUCACAAGCUGUGGUUACCGUUCCUUCUGGAGUGAAAUAUGAAGGUAUUUUGGCGGCAUGUAAUCCUCAUUCUUCUUCAAAUGGAAUUGAUGUUGUAUUGAAAUAUCCUAAGGUAUUUGACAAGGGCCUAAGUUCAUCAGGUAUUAGUGCUUUGUCUGCAGAAUUGAGUGACACGUUGACGAUUAAGGCUGAUGAUGUUUCCGAGAUUGAAUUACGGGAUAUCACUUUUAAUUCAGAUGAAAAAGCGGAGCAUGAGACAAAGUCAAAACCGGAAGCUAACAUUAAUAAGGCUAAGGAGGCGGACAGUACUGCCACUGCUACUGCUGUUCCAAAGGAAACUGAUAAACAACCAAAGAAGGAGUUCAAAACCGAUACUGCGAUAUCUGGUGCUUCAAAAGAACUGAAGGAGCGUGAAUUGCAAAAAUGGAGUCCUGAUGAUGAAACAGCUUUCCCCUUGAACAAUACUUCUCUUGAAGAUGACGACGGAACAUGGGAUCAAUUUGCCGUUAAUGAAAAGAAGUUUGGUAUUAAGCCAACUUUUGAUGAACAUUUCUAUACUACAAGAAUUAACAAGGAUGACCCUGAGUAUCAGAAGAAAUUAAAGGAAGCAGAAAAAAUUGCUAAGGAGAUUGAAUCGCAAGGUGCUAGUGGAAACAUUCAUAUCGAUGAAGAUCGUAACGUCGUUACCUAUGAUGAUUCUGGUUUAGAUGAGGAAGAUAAAUACUCUGGUGUUGAUCGUAGAGGUGAUGAAUUACUUGCUCAGUUGAAGCUAAACUCUAAACCAGAAGCUAAACCAGUUAAGUACGUUCCACCUUCUUUGAGAAGUCAACCACAUCAUGCAGACCCUGCUAUUUUGUCAACCACGGGAAAGACGAACACAGGAAAGUCCACUAAAUCGUCUAGAACUGAGAUUGCUGACUUGAAGAGCUUUUCAGAGAAGUUCAAAAUUCCUUACGAUAUGCCGGAGGAAGUCAAGAAUAUUUUGAAGAAAAAAGAGCCUGUCUCUAAGGAAAAAGACGCUUCUCAGAAACCUCAACCGGAAUCUCAAAAGCCUGCAGCAAAUAAAUCUCAGUCAUCAUCACCACCGCCAUCUACGAACUCUAAUAUAUCUACCGUUACAUCUAGUCCUUCUCCUGUUCAAUCCCAAAAGGGUACAAGCUCUUUGAAAGCAAAUCCCUCAUUGCCACCAAAACCAUCUUCUCAACCACCAAGUACUCCAACUCUAUCCAGUGCUAGUGGUAAUAAGAGCUCUAAUAGAUCAUCAAAGUCCGGUACACCGGCUUUGGCAAAGAUUGAAAUGAGAAGAGGUUCGCAUAAUAAAUUUAGCAACGGCGGAAAGACCCCUCUUUCAUCUCCAUCUAUUUCGAGGGCAGAGACCUUUAGCAGAAGACGCCAACGUAAUUUCUUUGAAGAUGGUAAACCUAAAUGUUUGAAGAAAGACUUCUCUAGGAACUUCAAUAUGUUUUUGAAGUCUAAAGAGACGUAUGAUGCUAAGGUCAAGGCUUCGGAGAAGAAAAAUAUUGAACAAUUUUUCAUAGAGAAACCAUACUUUACCUCGCCAACAUGGAUUAGUACAGUUGAUCAGUCUUACAAGACUCUGUUCCCUGAUGAGCGUACUGCAAUUCAAAGAACACAAAUGAGAUUACAACAACGUAGUAUCAAUAUGAUGGCGCAAGGUAUGGGUGGGGGUCCAGGAGUUAUCCCUAUGGUAAUGCCUGUUGGGGUCCCACCUGGGGCUCCUCCUUUCAUGGGCGGUCAUCCUAGUGCUGCAGGUGGUUCUCACGGUAUGUUUAUGUCCUUCCAACCACAACCAAUGUUUUAUCCUCCAAUGGGAGGUCAGAUGAUGCCAAUGAUGAACGCUAGAAAUGAUACUAGAGGUGGAUCAGGAUCUAACAGUCAGUCGUCUUCCCCACCGGCAACACCUGCGUUUAUGAACGGUGUUCCCAUGAAUGUUCCAUAUGGAUACCCAAUGAGAUAUCAAGCAAUGGGGGCACCUCCGCCUCAGCAACACCAACAAAAACAAUUCCAUCAGAAUCAUGGUAGAAAUUACAGACAGCACAACGAUAGCCGCUAG